AUGAACCGAAGCCAUUCCCUCUACCCCAACCCGUCAUCUCGUGGUUUCCUUAGGUUGUCAUCUUCCUCUUGCCCCUCUCUUCCGCCCACUAUCUUCGCAUCCUCAGCCCGACAGUCUACUUCAUUCAGCUCUCAAUACUCCCUUAUUGUCUUUCCCGUUAUUAAUAUUAAGAGGCUGUCCAAGAUUCUAGCUGUCGUUGAGGAGAAAUCGACGGUGGAAACAUCGGUGCCUGAGGAAUCGAUGCCAGAGACCGUGGAGGAGGCAUUACCAAGAGAAUCUCGACCAUUUAAACUCUAUGUCUGCAAUCUCCCUGAAAGUACUGACGUUGCUGAGCUAUCGGAAUUGUUCAAGCCAUAUGGGUCGGUGCUAUCGGUAGAGAUUUUUGAGAAGAAUCCAACAAAAAUUAAGAACUACGGGAUCUGGUUGAGGUAUCAAAGCAGGACUGGGUACCAUAACAUGUACAAGGAGUACCGAGAUACUACACCCAAUGGAGUUGUAGAACAGAUGUAUGAUGAGAUGGCUUCUCGUCAUCGUGUGGGGUUCCCACGCAUCCAAAUAAUCAAAACUGCAACUGUGCCUGCCAAACUUUGCAAGAGAGAGAGCACCAAACAAUUUAAUGAUUCUAAAAUUAAGUUCCCGUUGGUGUAUAAGAAGGUCAGGUCACCCACCAGAAAGUUGAAGACCACGUUCAAGGCUUCCAGGCCUAACUUGUUCAUGUAG